GGCUGCAUAAUCCAAAUGCUUCGGAAUAGGCCAAUAUUCCGUUGGUUGCACAAGCUAAUGGACAAGUACGACACGCCCAUCCUUUGUGUUAGACUCGGACCAUCAACCCAUGUCAUCGUUGUCUCGUGUCCAAGCAUUGCAUGCGAGUUCUUGAAAAAACAAGACGAUAUAUUUGCUUCAAGGCCAGAAAUAUUGUCAGCUGGUUUAACUAGCGAAGGAUAUCGUUCGGUCAUAAUGGCUCCUUUAGGGAGCCAGUGGAGGAAGAUGCGAACGAUCCUUCACAAGAACAUCCUCUCAUUGCCAAUACACAAAUGGCUCCAACCAAAACGAGACGAAGAAGCCAAUUACUUGCUUUCCUACAUUUAUAAUCAAAUAGAGAAACAAAAUUCUCUAGGUGGAUUAAUUAACAUUCGAUUUGUAAGCCAACAUUUUUGUGGAAACUUGAUUAGAAAGAUGAUUUUUGGGUCAAGUUUAUUUGGGAAUGGAUUAGAAGAUGGAGGUCCAGGUGUGGAAGAAACCGAACAUAUGGAUGCUCUUUUCACCAUCCUCAAGUAUCUUUAUGGAUUUUGCAUCACUGAUUACUUUCCAUGGUUGAGAGGGAAGGUUGAUUUUGAUGGCCAUGAAAAGAUCUUGAGGACUUCCAUUGAAAAGGUUCGAAAGUAUCACAAUCCAUUGAUCGAUGAACGGAUUAGAUUAUGGAAAGAUGGGUCUAAAAAGAAAGAAGAUGAUCUUCUUGAUGUUCUCAUCAAACAUGAAAACCCUAAGCUUACACCAGAGGAGAUCAAAGCCCAAAUUAUCGAACUAAUGAUAGCCACAAUUGAUAAUCCAUCAAAUGCAGUUGAAUGGGCAAUGGCAGAGAUGAUCAAUGAACCUAGUCUUCUAGAAAGAGCGGUCAAGGAGCUGGACAACAUUGUAGGGUGUAACCGCUUAGUUGAAGAGUCAGACUUGCCACAACUAAAUUACCUAAAAGCAUGCCUCAAGGAGGCCUUUAGGAUGCAUCCUUUUGCACCCUUCAAUCCACCCCAUGUUUCAACGAAGAACGCUGUCGUUGCUGGUUACUUCAUACCAAAGGGUAGUCACGUGCUUCUUAGCCGAGUUGGAUUAGGAAGGAAUCCAAGUGUGUGGGCCAAUCCCUUGCGGUUUAACCCAGAUCGACAUCUAGGAGGGUCUGGAAAACAAGUGGUUCUUUCGGAUAAUGAGCUGAGGAUGAUUUCGUUUAGCACGGGGAAGCGUGGCUGUCCUGGAGUAAUGUUGGGUUCGACCAUUACUAUUAUGUUGUUAGCUAGAAUGAUCCAAGCGUUCUCAUGGGAGGUGCCUUGUAAUCAGUCUGCGAUUAAGCUUGUCGAAAAUCAUGAUAAUCUUCACUUGGCCAAGCCAUUGGUAGCCAUUGCUAAACCAAGACUCCCUCAAUAUCUCUACCCUAAAAUUUGA